AUGUCGCGUCAUACUAACCCUGCAGAGCUUAAUAACCUCGAGUUAGACAGUUGGGUAGAUAUCACUCAACAAUUCUUUGAAACUGCCAAAAAUGUCAAGCAUGGGAACAUUGUCAAAUUGGAAUCUUUGGAUCUGAUGGAGGGAACCGAUGCCAAAGAGAUCCUGAACCCAGCUCUAGACACUGGUCUUAUUGAAGACGAGUCCUACGAUUGUGACCGGGACCUCACUUUGGAUGAGACUGUCAGAGUAGUGGCUAAUAUCACCAGUUGUCUGGUUACUUGGCUGGAUAGCAGCUCUCUCCCCGUGACCUUAUUCUCUUGCAGGUAUAUUGAAGAGAUCCUGACCCGGUUCUCAGCUUUGUUGUCAUCAUCAACUAUCGUGGAAAAGAUUUUUCAGGUCUCUAAUCUUCAGUAUUCUAAUAAACUGGAUCAAUCUGACUCUUUUACUUACAGAAUUUUGAGAGCGUACUUGAUUGGAGUUUUAAAUUUCACAGCAUUUGUUUUAAAUAUCCCCGUCUUGAAAGAUGAGGAAGACUUAAACCGUGUAUCCAUGGAUUUGAACAUUGACUUGCUCCUUCAAUUCCCUCAGAAGGACGUUGCGGACUUGGUAAACUCUGCUUACAGCUUACUAGAGAAGAGAGAUGACAAAAACAGUAAAGUUUUGCAGCUUUAUUUUGACAUAUUGAAAAGGCUGCAAAUGCUAUACCCUUUGUCAGCAAGCGUUAAUCAAGGUGAUUUCCAGGAUACCCUCUUUCUUCACGAGGCUACUGGGUUCAUUGACAAACUGUCCGAAGAAAACGACUACAUUGACUCCAUUCCCCAGAUACCCCAUUUGUUCACAAGGGGAAUUCAAAAACGAAAGAACAACAUCUUUCCUCCCCGCCCCAUUAAAAUGCAUUCAUUUACUAUUUGCAUUUCAUACUUGCAUUAUCUUUUUGACGACCUCAAGUUGGCGAUGGACGUCCUAUGCUUUCAGGAUGCUGCAGAUUUAAGGAACCGACUAUAUAUCUUUGGAUCAAAAAGAAAUGAAAAAUUGCCUGACCAAGAACACACGUCAACUCAUAUUGUGGCUGCAUUGUUUUUAGAAUCAAUACUCCUAAGAGAUGGACUGAUAUUAGGAGCAAUACCUGUUUCGGAGUUCUUAAAGCAAGACCUUUCAAGUUUGACAGCAGGAGAAUCUGUUGUCUUAUCAUUGUUGGAAGAUGAUAAACUGACAAAUGAUAGGGCGAUAAAAGCCAGAGCAUCUUCAUUGUUGCAGGAAAUGGAAAAGACCUACAUUUCAUGGAUUCAAUCAUUUUUGCAGAAUCCGAGUAAGCAGAGAGAUUUUUUUUUGGAUUCUGUAGUAGUUUGGGAUACAAUACAGGUAACUGCUGACGAUCUAGAAACAUCACUGCCCGAUGAUUAUGGUUUAGAGGACACAUUCAAAUCUAUUCAACCCGACGGGUCUUUGUCUGAACUACCUGUCAUGCCCUUAUCCUCGUACGUUUAUUACAUGAAACUCGAUUCCAUGGUUCAAGUUGUAUUCAGGGGCAUUGAGUUAGAGAUCUACAAACCCUGGGAGAUGUACCAAAUGUAUUGGUAUGGGUUAUAUCUUCUCUCCACCUUGGAGUCUCAUAUCGCUCGCAUGAAAGAUGUCGCCAAGUAUAAAUUGUCCAAAGCUGAAGGUGAAAGUAAGGAUAUCUGGAAAAAGACUUUAGAUCAUAUUAAUUUCCUCAUUCAAGAGACUAUAGUGUUUAAGACACUAGCGCAAGCUCAGCAGUACACAUGGACUAUACUGGAUAACCUAAAACUUUUGAAACUUCCAAAAUACAAUCGAACUACUCCACAAUUGUUGUACCAAUUGAGAAUGAAACCGUUUUCGUCAGUUGGUAUACCCCAAUUGCCGAGUAUACAGCAUUUUCAGAACUUUGCGGAUGAAAUAGCUGAGGGUAGUCUACGGUUUAGGACGGAAAGGGAGCGAGUGCAAGAUAUUUGUUUUCGUUGUAGCUCUGCUGUUCGCCAAUUAACAACUGAAGUUAAAACUGCAGCAUCCCAGCUGAAAAAGAUUCAUCCAUCUCGGGGUCGUUUCAAGGCAGAUUACGAAAGGGGAGUAGACCAAAUACUCCGAUCCAGUAUUGGCGUGGCUGUAUUUUCCACUAAAGUUAACAAGAAAAUUAAAGAUGCUGAGUUUGUAACUCAAUGCCUGAAGGAGAAUCCAAGCAAUCAAGCAUACGAUGUUUCAUUGAGCAGAGCCCAAUACCAUCGGUUUUUCCGCCUGCGGAGAUUAAACAUAUGA